UCGUCGAAGGGCUUUUCACAAUUUUCCAUUGAAGACGAAUCAAUGUCGUAGCACUGGCUGACCGACCGACCAAUCAGUCAAUAAAUCGCGAUAAAGUUUUACCUGGUGUGUUCAUAAAACUAUUAUUUGUUGGUGUUGCAGCUGUUGCCAGCGCAACCGAGUAACCUUGGGGCUUCUCAACAUCCAGAUACUAAUUAAUUGGAACUGGAAAUUUUAAUAAAACCAAGCCGAAAGACAUCCGCUGAAGCUUUUGCUUUUGUUAUCACCCAGCCGGCUCGGUCAUCAGUGGAGUGAUAAGAGCCCCAAAAAACAGUAGAGUCAUUUUUUUUCGACGGACACGUUACACGUAACACCAUGGAUGACAUAGUUCCCGAUGUUGUGGAUGCGGUUCCCGCUGGUGAUAUCCAGGUCAUUUAUGGCGAGGGCAAUGCGGUGAAGCAGGGCAACGAGCUGACCCCCACCCAGGUGAAGGAUCAGCCGAGUGUGACUUGGGAUGGCCUCGCAGGGGAGUCCGAUCUGAUAACUCUGCUAAUGGUGGAUCCGGAUGCUCCGUCCCGACAGGAGCCCAAGUUACGCGAGAUCUUGCACUGGGCCGUGGUUAACAUUCCGGGCAGCGACCUGUCAAAGGGUCAACCUGUAGCGGCCUAUAUCGGAAGUGGCCCUCCCGAGGGCACUGGUCUCCAUCGCUACAUUUUCCUGCUCUACCGUCAGACGGGCAAGAUCGAGAUCGAUACUCCGCCCAUUCCCAACACGGUUCGUGCGGGUCGUUUGAACUUCAAUGCCAGGGAUUUCGCUGCCAAGCAUGGCCUGGGGAGUCCCAUUGCCGCCAACUACUACCAGGCGCAGUACGAUGACUGGGUGCUCAUUCGGAACAAGACGAUGACCGGCUAGUUUCUGCAUAUUGCACGGAACUGAUUAGGCGCCGGCGGACUCCGUCCCGCGAUAAAAGGCAGGCGAUCGCGAAUCCCGACCAGAGUCACCUCGCUAACGCCAC